CCUCAUCCUGGUUAUGACGUAUUUGGUCCCGUCGUGCCGUGCGGCUGUGCUCUCCUUUGGUUGACCCCGCCGCAGCCAUGCCGAUGAAGGGCCGGUUCCCGAUUCGCAGGACGCUGCAGUAUUUACAGAGCGGAGACAUCGUGUUCAAGACCAACGUGAAGGUCAUGACCGUGAAUUAUAACACGCACGGAGAGCUAGGGGAGGGCGCCAGGAAGUUUGUGUUCUUCAACAUUCCACAAAUCCAAUACAAGAAUCCAUGGGUGCAGGUUGUAAUGUUUAAAAACAUGACUCCAUCACCUUUUCUAAAAUUUUAUUUAGACAGUGGAGAGCAAGUUUUGGUUGAUGUUGAAGAGAAAACCAACACAGAAAUUUUGCAGCACAUUAAGAAAAUAUUGGGAAAGACUGAAGAGACUUUGAAAGAAGAGGAACAGGCAAAGAUGCGCAAGUCUAAUCCAGCCAACUUUGGGCCACGGAAGUACCACCUUCGAGAGUGCAUGUGUGAGGUGGAGGGGCAGGUUCAGUGUCCUGGAUUUGUCCCAUUGCCAAAGGAAAUGACUGGGAAGUACAAAGCCAAACUAAAAGAAGGCACAGAAGUGUGAGCCUCAAAUUUAACUGCACUGGUCACAGACCAGUAAAGGACUUGUGACUUCAAGGACUUACCUGGGAAUUCCCUUCCUCUUUCACAGCGUACAGAAACUUGUUGGAGCCACUUGCAGGUUGGUCAGAUUUAUCAUUGAAGUGUACAGUAUUCCCCGUACUGGCCAAAACCAGCCCAGCAACAAACUGCCAAAGAAACCCAGAGCCUUUUGGGCAAAUCUAUGGUAUGGGAAUACACAAUGACUAUUUUUUCUUUUCUCAAAAUGUUUUUGUAACGUUUAUUUAAAUUAAAUUGUACGGAUUGUUAUAUU